GGUGCGUGCGUCACUUGGCGCUCUGGGGGGUUUGCCGAAUCUUGGCGGCAAAUCCCGUGACCGACAACGCCCGCCACCGCUUCCUCGAAGUGAACCAUGCAAUCUCCCAUUGCUUGCGAACCACUUUUGGCAGCUCGACAAGGACAUAAUCAACCACCUCCACCCCGGGAAUACUGAUCGCAUACAUCAUCACCGCCAGACGACAUAUUCAUCAUGCCCAAGGCCGAAGUUGGUAGCACAAAAUGGCUCUCCAACAACAUGAAGUCCAAAGGCCUGCAAAGGCUGCGCUGGUACUGUCAAGUCUGCCAGCGUCAAAUGCGCGAUGAGAACGGCUUCAAGCAACACACCCUGUCUGAAGGACAUGUACGUGCCAUGUUACUCGUCGGCGAGGAUCCCAAGAAAUACAUUGCACAAUACUCGGAAACAUUCAAGAAGGACUUCUUGACUCUACUCAGGACGGCGCACGGAGAGAAAAAGGUCUAUGCGAACCACUUUUACCAGGAAUACAUUCACGACAAGGAGCAUAUUCACAUGAACUCGACUAAGUGGCCCAGUUUGACCGAGUUCGUCAAGUAUCUUGGAAGAGAAGGUAUCUGCAGAGUUGAAGAGGGUGACCGAGGUUUGGAAAUUGCAUGGGUCGACGACAGCCCUGAAGCACUAAGACGCAGAGAGAUGGUCCGCAAGAAGGAAGCUAUGGAGAAGGGUGACGAAGACCGCGAAACUCGCAUGCUCGAAGCGCAGAUCAAACGUGCACAGGAGAAGAAGAGGCAACAGGAGGCGGAAGACCUUCUCAAUCAGAAGAGUCAUGACGAGGAAGAUAAGCCCAGGAAGGUCCAGGAAGGUCCCUUGUCAUUCAGUCUGGGUUUAGGAUCUACACCCGCGAGCACGGACCCGGCAGAAUCGGCGGUCGAGAAGACGCCAUCCUCAUCCGAGAAGGCUAUCGAAAACAAGGCCGAGCCCAUCUUGGAGUUCAGAACUGGAGACGAGAGACCGGUCGAAGCCACUGCCACACUUCCAGCUGCGCCUAAGCUUUCUCUUGAUCUCGGUUCUAAACCCAAGCGUGUCAAUGUUUUCGCAGCAGCUUCCAAGUCCAAGUCCAACCCUCUUAAGGACAAGAAGCCUGCGAACGUAUUCGAGGAAGCCAAGAAGAUGAGCGCAGCAGAGCGCAUCAUGAGGGAAGAGAUGGACAGGAAGCGUAUGCGGGACGAACGUCAAUCUGGUGGCGGUAAGCGCCCCCGUCUUGGUUGAACCUCGUGAAGUCUUGUUCUAUGAUCUGUAAAUUCAGCGAGGCGCUCGGGAGAGGGAAAUGGGCAC